CGCCUCGGCGCGGAGUCCUCCGCUUCUCUAGAGGCCACUGCUGGGUUGGGCGCCCGAGACCGUCGAGAUCAGCGGCUCCACCCCGGCAGGAGAGCUGCUGACUGACCCCACCCAUCAGCGCUGCUGAGCGACUGGAGCGAGGCGAGCUAGACCCCGGCGGCUGUAGCGGCAAGGCCGGAUCGUUCCCGGGGGAAGAAUAAAGGCGCUGGGCCUGGCUGCGCUGAACGAUCGGGGCCGGGAGUCGAAGGCAGGAUGCUGGCGCUCUUCACGAAGCUGCUGGACUGGUUCCGGGCGCUCUUCUGGAAGGAGGAGAUGGAGCUGACCCUGGUGGGGCUGCAGUACUCGGGCAAGACCACCUUCGUCAACGUGAUCGCGUCUGGACAGUUCAAUGAAGAUAUGAUCCCAACAGUGGGCUUCAACAUGAGAAAAAUCACCAAGGGAAAUGUAACUAUAAAGCUCUGGGACAUUGGAGGUCAACCCCGUUUUCGUAGCAUGUGGGAGAGGUAUUGCCGUGGGGUCAGUGCAAUAGUAUACAUGGUAGAUGCUGCAGAUCAGGAGAAGAUCGAAGCUUCAAAGAAUGAACUACACAACCUGCUUGAUAAACCACAACUCCAAGGCAUUCCUGUCUUAGUUCUUGGGAACAAGCGAGAUCUGGCUGGUGCCUUGGAUGAGAAAGAGCUCAUUGAAAAAAUGAACUUGUCUGCCAUCCAGGACCGAGAGAUCUGUUGCUAUUCAAUCUCUUGCAAAGAAAAAGACAACAUUGAUAUCACCCUACAGUGGCUUAUUCAGCAUUCAAAGUCCCGGCGAAGCUGAGAGCUCUUUGUCCAAGUUUUGGAUCGGGAAGAUGCGAUUGUAAAAGCCAGGCGCACCUCCUCCUUUCUCUUUCCCCAUCUCCUGCUCUUUCCAUCCCUCUUGCCCACCUCUUUUUCCCUAGAUGGGUAUUUUUAGGGGACACAAGAACCCUCUUCAGCUGAGAUUGAACUCCUGUUUUUAUUAUAAAGAAAUUGUCUGCUCCCUCCUCUCUUUUGCUCCUUACUCUGAUUUUGGCACUGUUCUGUUGUUGUCAGUGUGUGUACAGUAUAUAUAUAUAUAUAAAUAUAUGUAUAUAUAUUUUAAUUUUUUAAUUUAAGCAAUUAUACUGUUACUAAAUGGGGCCUGUCAGCUGUCAAGGGGGCAGCAGCUAAUGGAUGGGGUGGGAAAGUAACAAAUGCAGUAUUGGGGAUGUCACAAGCAGCCACAGAACAAGUGGGAUCUUGCUGGGUACAGAGCAUAACUUUGGGUGAUACUCUGCCUGCAAGAUAACUCUCUCCUUCCAUCUUUAGCACCUCUUUUCUCCUUCUGUAUAUGGCAUGAUUAUUGGGGGCGGGGGAAGGCAUCCCCAGGAGAGCCUCCUAGAGCAGUAUUUGCAUUUAAUCGCCUGUGCAAGACUUUAGGGAAGAGCCAAUGCAGGUUUUUUUUUCUUUGCCAUGAAAUCCUUAGAAACAAUGGUCAGUUUGGUUGUUUUCCAGCAGGCAGGAGUGAAGCCCUUCGAUCUGAGCUUUAAAUCUCAUUCACUUUGCACUUGAAGAUACAGAACAACAUCUCUUGCUGCUGCUGUGUUUCAGAACCAUACCUGAUAUAUGCUGGAUGCGCUCCUUCUCUUUGAAAACCUGUAAGGCAGCUUUCUUUGCAAGGAUCACGAUAUUUCCCUGAAUGGAAGCAGGUAGUGCAGAUGACUUAGAAUUUUGGUGCACUGCCAAAGUGACUAGGUUUGGAUCGCCAGCGUUCACUGAGUCCAUGUUUUAGCCUGUCUCCUCCCUCAGACAUUUGUGGAUUGUUGAGGAACAGAAUGACUUAUGCAAAGGUUCCAUUCAAAAGCCUUUUGAGCAAGACUUAGAGUUCAUAGAAUGGUUCACUCAAAGCACAGACCUUGUUUGAAUUCUAGAGCAGGGAAGGAAUGCAGGAGAGGCUGUCUUUGCCCAGAGUUCAGGAUGAAGCUGUAAGACCCAGGAUUCUGUUCUCAGUGUCCUUUAAACUUAAAUCCCUCCUCCUCCUUCCACCAAUGUAUGGAGAGCUAUGGAAACUUUGCUUCUCAAACUCAAGGGUGAAGUUUUAGGAUAAUCGAGUUGAAGAGGAAAUUUCAUUCUGUGGGUUUGUAUAAGAAACCCCUUAGAUUAUAGCGUGCUUGAGUUUCUGGCAAAGGCCAUGAUAUUCCUGGCUAAGGGAAGUCAGUCUAGGCUACUGCUUCUAUGUCUCCUUUUGACUCACUCUGGAACUUAAAGCAGCUGCAGAAGAUGCUCAGGAAGUGAAGCUAUGAAAAAUAUUUAAAGAUGCGAUAAGCUAAUACUGUUUCUUGUAAAGAUAGUUGAUGCUGCUGGGUAGCUAUAUCUCUUUCUGUCCCAUGUAAGCUAUUGACAGGUGUACAGUCGCAGGGCCCAUCCUGCCAUGAGCUGCUUCCCUCAAGAGGGGGAGGGUGCUUUCUAAUUCCAUUUUUUUCUUUUCUCCUCAUUUUCACAGAACUGCACAAGGAAGCAUUUUACUUUUUUAAUUUAAUCAAUUGUAUAGUGUCAUUUAUUCCUUUUUUAAAAAAUACAUUUUUGGCUCAUACUUUGACCUUCUCUGGAAAACAAAUCUUGUAACAGUACUUUUUUUGGCUCAAAAUAACAAUAAAUUAACAAUUUUAUGUUGGUGGUGGUUGCACUGUUACCUUUUUUCUUCAGGUGGUUUGUUCAUACAUUCUUUUCCAUGCUGUAUCCGAAGAUUUGAUUCUUCCGAGGGUUUUUUUCCUAUUGUGGAAGAGCAAAAACCUCUCCAUUGCCUUGGAAACAGAGACCACAAUUAUAAAUAAAGGAGUUUGUUCUUGAGAUAUUACAAAUGUCAUUCUAGAAAGGCUAGGAAGGAACCAAGCUAAAUCUCUCCCAGUAUUAUUCUUCUGGUAAAGAUGUGAGGCUCUUUGUGGGAUAGCUUCAGUGAGAUUUCUGCAGCAGCAUAUUCUUCAGGUUGCUCAGACUACAAUUCCCAAUAUUCUCAGCUAACAUUCUCACUGGUCAUGGAAAUAGUAGUUCAAUAAAGGGAAUAAAUCUGGUGUUAAGAAACAGAUGUUUAGCAGAGACAGAUUGACGAUGAGGCAUUGCUAUUGUCUAGGGUGUUUUAGCCAUUUUGCCAGAAAUUUAGACAACACAGUAAUGUAGCUCCAUUUCUAGAAUGUAACAUAAUUUUUCUCUUAUACCAAACUGACUGGAACACACUAAUAAAACUCAACAUUUUGACUUUAAUUUAAAUGUUUUUCCCCCCAAUUUCUGAUCCAUGGUAACUUCAGCAUUAUUUUAGAAUCUGGUUAAGGAUCAAUCCAAGAAGCUAUAUUGUAUAACUGAUUGGGUGUCUCUGGAAUAAAAACAGGAAUGGUCUGAGCAAGUGCCAAAACCAUCAGCUCAACUAAGUCUGGCCAAGUCAUUAUGAGAAUUUUUGUGUAAAACAAGAAUCUGGAGGGCUCCAGAUUCUCCAUAUCCUAGGUCUGUUCCCCCCACCCCCAAACAUAAUGCUUUCCAAUUGUUUUGGAUUUCUGUAAAUCUUCUGUCAGCAUGAUUGGCAUGUUUCCUCUUGGGCCGUAAGUAAAUUUUGAUUUGAGUUGAGCAUGAUUAGCUGCUUUGAAUUUGGAUUAAUCCCCCAGUCUAGUAUGCUAAUAGCUACUGAAAAUCCCAGUGCAUGAUCUGUUUGCAUUUUUAAGUUAAACCUCCAAGAAAUCUCCAAAUUGGCUUGUUGAGGAAACUCCUACAACUUGCCAUGGAAACCCUGCUUUCUGUGGUGGAUAAUGGGAAAUAUUUGACUCUAAAUUCUGUCUGCAUAGUUGUCAGAAUUCACUGCCUUCUCAUAAUAUUGCCUAAGUAUAUUCUAGCUCAUGUCCUCUCCUGCAGUGCCAUUUUUGCCGAACCGUGCAUUGCAAAAUAAAGUUUUGAAGCCAUCUAUCAGUUGAGUUGUAGGACUGCCAGUAGAAACAAUUUCUCUUUCCGUGAUGAUACCUUGAUUAUGGAACCCUCUUCUAUACUUGGUCUUGUUACAAUCUUCGGCUAGCAACUGCUCAUGUCUUCCAUACAGGUCCAUAGUUAAAACUGCUCUACUGCUGUAUUCUUACCCUUACACAUUGUACAGGCUGGGGCAAAAUGACAGUACCUCAGAUACUUUCCCAGAUCUUGCGAACUAUAGGAAUAUGUCUGCUUUUUUAAAACCUUACAUCAGCAACUAUGCAAAUCAUGAAACGUUUUCUGCCAUUUCAUCCUUGUAUACUAGGAACAUUAGAGAUUCUUUUUACAAAGUAACAAGUCUGACCAAUUGUCUUGGAAAUAGUUGCCCUAUGUACUUGCAUGCUUUGGGGGUGGGGGCAGGGGGCAGUUGAAUUGAAUGAAGUUUACCCUUCCUGAUUUCAACUUCUUUGAAAUUCUCAACCUUUCCUUUCUUUUCUUGCUCUCCCCCAGUUCUGCAAUAUUCCAGGAAGGCUUGAUUGGUCUCUUUUUUUUUCCACCCUCCAUUCCCCACCCCCAGUGUUCUGACCAACCAGGAGCUGUGACAACAAGCCUAGCAUUGUUCUUGCUUGGCCCUGGCUCAGAAGAAGCCAGCAGGGAGAGCAUAGUAUGAAUAGCAGCUCCCAUCCAUUCCCCUGUUAUACUGCUAGAUAUUCAGGUCACACUAGUGCUUUGGCUGCACACCCUUCAACCAUCCUGGUAGGGCUUGGAUCAAGAGUCAUGAAUCAAGACAGCAGCCUCCUCUCAGUCUGUAACUGUGUCAUAAUUGUUCGGUCUGGCUUCAGUCACUUGAGAUUCCAACACAUUAUCAGCUUCUAUGUUGGUAACAAUUAUAUGUUAGCUUACAUGUAUGUAGUUUCCUGAGUUUGUUCUUAAAACUGGAGGGGCUGUCAUUCCUAUCAUCCCAGCAUCAUCUCUACCACUGAACUACAAAGUGAUGCAAAUAAAAAUGAUUGAGUCA